UCGGCCAGCUCCGGGGGGCGGGUGCCGGAGCGCAGCGCAGCCCUAUCCGUCUGCGGAGCCGACUAACUGGAAGCCGGGCGCUGCCUCGGGAGGUGGAGGAUGCGGGCAGGUGCUGCAGGCUGCGCCAUGGACCGGCCGCGCCUGCUGCUGCUGCUGCUGCUCCUGGGGGUGUCCUUCGGAGGUGCCAAGGAGGCCUGCCUCACAGGCCUGUACACCCACAGCGGGGAGUGCUGCAAAGCCUGCAACUUGGGCGAGGGCGUGGCCCAGCCUUGCGGAGUCAACCAGACCGUGUGCGAGCCCUGCCUGGACAGUGUGACGUUCUCUGAUGUGGUGAGCGCCACUGAGCCGUGUAAGCCGUGCACCGAGUGCGUGGGCCUGCAGAGCAUGUCAGCGCCCUGCGUGGAGGCGGAUGACGCCGUGUGCCGCUGCGCCUACGGCUACUACCAGGAUGAGACUACGGGUCACUGCGAGGCGUGCCGCGUCUGCGAGGCGGGCUCAGGCCUCGUGUUCUCAUGCCAGGACAAGCAGAACACUGUGUGCGAGGAGUGUCCUGCUGGCACGUACUCUGACGAGGCCAACCACGUGGACCCGUGUCUGCCGUGCACCGUGUGCGAGGACACCGAGCGCCAGGUGCGCGAGUGCACGCGCUGGGCCGACGCCGAGUGCCAGGAGAUCCCUGGCCGCUGGAUUACACGAUCCACGCCCCCCGAGAGCUCGGACAGCGCGGCCCCCAGCACCCAGGAGCCUGAAGCGCCUCCAGAGCAAGACCUCGUGGCCAGCACAGCAGCAGAUGUGGCAACUACAGUGAUGGGCAGCUCCCAGCCCAUGGUGACCCGAGGCUCCACUGACAACCUCAUCCCCGUCUACUGCUCCAUCCUGGCCGCGGUGGUCGUGGGCCUCGUGGCCUACAUUGCCUUCAAGAGGUGGAACAGCUGCAAGCAGAACAAGCAAGGAGCCAACAGCCGGACGGUGAACCAGACCCCCCCACCUGAGGGAGAAAAGCUGCACAGCGACAGCGGCAUCUCUGUGGACAGCCAGAGCCUGCACGACCAGCAACCCCACACACAGACAGCUGCGGGCCAGGCCCUCAAGGGGGAUGGAGGCCUCUACAGCAGCCUGCCACCGGCCAAGCGGGAGGAGGUGGAGAAGCUGCUCAAUGGCUCUGCGGGGGACACCUGGAGGCACCUGGCAGAUGAGCUGGGCUACCAGCCCGAGCACAUAGACUCCUUCACCCACGAGGCCUGCCCGGUCCGGGCCCUGCUCACCAGCUGGGCUGCCCAGGACAGCGCCACGCUCGACGCCCUCCUGGCCGCCCUGCGCCGCAUCCAGCGAGCCGACAUUGUUGAGAGCCUUUGCAGCGAGUCCACUGCCACGUCCCCUGUCUGAGCCAACCUGGGGCCCCUGCCCUGCCCCCACUCCGGUGACUGAAGCUCUGGCCGACCCCCAUGGGCCAGUGUCAGGGCUGAGCUCCUCUGGGCAGGGCCGGGGGGGCCCCCGGAGCCCCUAAAUCGCAGCCCUGUCGUUGCCCCUUGUGGUCCCAUCGCUUCUGAUCACGCUCCCUCUCCAGCACCAGAAGUGCCCCUGCUGCCUCUCCCUCCCCGCCCCUGCCCCCUCACCAUCUCUGCCUUCUCCCCAGACUUCCAGGUGGGCCAGCCCCUCCCACCGGAGCAGGUGUCCUACCUGGAGGGCUGACCCCAGGGAUGGUGGUGGGGUGAGGAUAAGGCCCCAGAGACUCAGAGAGAGAGACUGAGGAACCAGAGCCAUGGACUCUACACUGUGAACUUGGGGAACAAGGGAGCAUCGUCAUGGCCUAAACCCUUCCGCCUUAGACGUGGCCUAAAGCCCCACCGCGUCUCCUGUCUGGCCUAAGGUGGAGAGGAUCGGAAGCUUGUCAGAGCCGGAAGCGGGGUUGAGAUCCAGUCCACCCUCCUUGUUUUACAUACAGGACAGCGAGGCCCAGAGAGGGGCAGUGACUGGCCCGGAGCCACUCACCAACAGGGUGGCCAGAUGUGGCCUGGCCUCCUCUCUGAGUGAGGGGUGCAGGCUUCAGGUUUUCUUAAGAGCUGGGAGAGGGGAGCCAGGCGACCCUCUGGGAAAGGUCUUGCAGCCGAAUCUGGUCCACCCUCCACCAUCUCCAGGCCUGUUCGACUCCCAUGGAGACGGGAUACUUUACCCAAAGCCUGGUCCAUCGAUCCAUCACAACCCAAGUCAGGUUUGGAGGUUGUAGGAAGGGGUGCUGCUUCCCUCUCCCUGUCCACCCUCAGGAGUGUCCACGUGGCAUCUGUGAAGUGGCCCAGUCUGCAGGCGCCCCCCCCCCCCAUCCCUGCCCUGUGUUGGCCCAGACCCAGAGCUGACACAAGUAGUACUGGGGCUUGGGCUGAGGACCACCCCCCCCAACCCCCGCGCAGCCUGCCACCCACCCACAACACAGAUACACACAGGAUGAGAAAUCUUUUCUCCACAAGUUCCUUCUCUUAGACUGGGACCGGAUCCUGCCCGGGGCAGCUGCCAGACAAGUAUCACAGGGGACUGAACUCUGCUCGCUGGCUUCCCUCGCCCCCGGGUUUGGCGGGCCAAGGACGGCUGAGGCUUGAGCUGGCGCCUGUCUUCCAAGGGCCUGCACGUGGAGGAAUGCUCCCACAUCCUCCCCUUCCCCGAAGCCUUGGGUUUGGCCGGGCCCCGAAGGUUGUGAUGAAGAAAAGUGGACCAGUGUGGGAAUGCAGCGAGAAGGAAUGGAGUCGAACUGUAGCCAGCCCUUAGACGGUUUGUCCCAACUUUAGAGGACCCUACAAAGGACAGUUUCUCCCUAGCUUGGUGCCAGGAAGGGGCCUCAAGGUCCCCUCCCAGCCUGUUCAGUUUUGCUUGAUGUUGGAAUGAGUGGCUCCCCUGUCUAUUUAGCAUGAACGAGCCCAGAUCAGGAUGUGCACUGACAGCCACCCCCUCCCCCUCCCAGGGUUCUCCCACCCCCGUAAGGGACUGGGAGCGCUGUAUAUAGAUGAUGUUUCUUUGACCUCAAUCUGCAACGGGAGGAGGAAACUCACCUGCUGGCCCCUCACCUGUGCAGCUGGGAGUGGGACAGAGUCUGAGUGUAUUUAUUUCCCUCCCCAGCAGUUGGGGAGGGGGUUGGGGGUGGCAAGUAUGUUUUAGCAUGUGUUUGGUUCUGGGGCCCCUCCUGCCCCACUUCUGUCCUCCCAGUGGGGGGCUGCGAGCUCCGGACUCCCUGACACCUUUCCCUUGCAUCCUGUGUAAUCAUUUCUUGGGCCCUCCUGAAACUUACACAUAAAACAUAAAUGGUGAACAUUAAAUAGCAAAGAAAGAAA